UCUCUCUCAGUGCGACUCCUCCGAGGGAUCAGGAGUAGACUAAGUCAAACUUCCAGCAGCUGAAGAUUUGUGCGCAACCGCUGAAUUAUCCAAGUCGUCAAGAAGACCAGUGGAUGGAAACAUGGGAUAUAAUCUCAGUAGAGUCAAGGGGAGUCUAAUACACUAAUAAAGCAGGUAUCUGUGGUGAUGUUGCCAUGUGCCAGUUGCCAACUACUCUUGUCCUUCUUUAUUCAGGACUGAUGUCCAGAUGGUGUGCCCCUCCAUGUGUGGUCCAAUUCAGCUCUCCCUGACCUUUUCAUGGGCCACAAACCGACCCAAGUAUCCACGGCCACUGCUUGACUCAACCCCACCGCACACUGUACACCUCACCCUUAACCCCUCACCCCUAACCUUCACCCUCAGCCCCCCACCUCCCUCUGCCCCACUCUCUGUCAAGCGUCUCCUCACAUUUUGACAAACCUAGCCCUCCCUGAGCCCAACAUGGUAGCCCGUAUUCCUGCCCUAAUCUUGGUCAUGAUGUGUCGGGGCGUCUUGCUCUCUGUCGGAGACCCACCACCGUCCCGCCGGGAGAUCCGCAUAGAGGGAGAUCUGGUGCUCGGCGGUCUGUUCCCGGUCCACGAGAAAGGUGCUGGGAUGGAGGAGUGUGGGCGUGUGAACGAGGACAGAGGGAUCCAGAGGCUUGAGGCCAUGUUGUUUGCCAUAGACAAAAUCAAUAUGGACAACACUUUGCUGCCUGGGGUCUCCCUUGGGGUCCACAUACUGGAUACCUGCUCCAGAGAUACCUAUGCACUGGAGCAGGCUCUGGAGUUUGUAAGAGCCUCCCUCACCAAGGUGGACGACACAGAGUUCAUCUGUCCAGACGGGUCUUACGCUCUGCAGGAUGACAGCCCGCUGGCAAUUGCUGGAGUCAUAGGUGGAUCCUUCAGCAGCGUCUCCAUACAGGUUGCCAAUCUUCUCAGGCUCUUCCAGAUUCCUCAGAUAAGCUAUGCGUCCACCAGUGCUAAGCUCAGUGAUAAGACCCGGUACGAUUACUUUGCCCGCACGGUGCCCCCUGACUUCUACCAGGCCAAAGCCAUGGCCGAGAUCCUCCGGUUCUUCAACUGGACGUACGUGUCCACUGUGGCAUCAGAGGGUGAUUAUGGUGAAACUGGUAUAGAGGCCUUCGAACAAGAGGCACGCAUGAGGAACAUUUGUAUCGCCACUUCAGAGAAGGUGGGGCGUUCUAACGCGAAGAAGUCCUAUGAAGCUGUGAUCCGUCAGCUCCUCCAGAAACCAAAUGCCCGUGUGGCCGUCCUCUUCCUGCGCAGCGACGAUGCCAGAGAGCUGCUGGCAGCUGCUGCCAGGCUUAACACCUCCUUCAUCUGGGUGGCCAGUGAUGGCUGGGGUGCGCAGGAAAGCAUUGUCAAGGGAAAUGAGGUCACCGCUGAAGGAGCUAUCACACUUGAGCUGUCAGCCAAUCCCGUGCCAGAAUUCAACCGCUACUUCCUCAGCCUGAACCCGAGCAAAAAUCAUCGUAAUCCCUGGUUCAGGGAAUUCUGGGAGCAACGGUUCCAGUGCUCUUUGGGUGGGGGAGGAGCAGGGGGAGUAGGAGGAAAAGGUGUUGGAUUGGGAGAGAUGUCUCUCCCGCCAUGUGACAAGGACUUGUCAAUGGACAAGAGUAACUUUGAACCAGAGUCCAAGAUCAUGUUUGUGGUUAACGCGGUGUACGCCAUCGCCAUUGCCCUCCAUAAUAUGCAACGGAGUCUGUGCUUCAACACCACCAAGCUGUGCGACAGCAUGAAGGCACUGGAUGGGCGCAGACUCUACAGGGAUUACAUCCUUAAUGUCAGCUUCACAGCCCCUUUUGCUCCUCCAGGCAGUGAGACAGUAGUGAAGUUUGAUUCCCAGGGGGACGGCAUGGGCCGAUACAACAUCUUCAGCUACCAGCGCUUCGCCGAUCGUUACGGUUACGUGCCAGUAGGUGAAUGGGCAGAGAGCCUGAGUCUGAGCAGUGAUCUGAUUCACUGGCCCAGAGAAGUGGUGCCCACCUCGCAGUGCAGCGACCCCUGUGAACGCAAUGAGAUGAAGAAAAUGCAGGCAGGUGAGUACUGCUGCUGGAUCUGCACAGCCUGCGAGCCUCAUGAAUACCUGGCUGAUGAGUUCACCUGCUCUCCCUGUGCUCCUGGCCAGUGGCCCACUGAUGACCUGACAUCCUGUUACGACCUUCCUGAGGACUACAUUAUGUGGGAAGAUGCUUGGGCCAUUGGACCAAUUACCAUCGCCUGUGUAGGGUUCAUGUGCACUGGUCUGGUGUUUUGGGUGUUUAUCAGACACAACCACACACCACUGGUGAAAGCUUCAGGAAGAGAGCUAUGUUACAUUCUCCUCUCGGGAGUCUUCAUGUCCUACGCCAUGACUUUCCUCUUCUUGGCCAAACCCUCUCCUGCCAUCUGUGCCCUGCGGCGCCUCGGCCUAGGCACGUCAUUCGCUGUCUGCUACUCCGCCCUCCUUACCAAAACCAACAGAAUCGCCAGGAUUUUCAGUGGCGUGAAAGACGGAGCGGGUGUAGCAAGGCCACGCUUCAUUAGCCCAUCUUCUCAGGUGUUCAUCUGUCUGAGUUUAAUUUCUGUCCAGUUAGUGAUGGUGUCAGUGUGGCUGCUGCUGGAAGUUCCUGGGACACGGCGCUUCACGUUGCCAGAGCGACGACAGACUGUCAUCCUCAAGUGUAACGUACGCGACUCCAGCAUGCUGCUCUCACUGGGAUAUGACGUGCUCCUGGUCAUCCUGUGUACUGUGUAUGCCUUCAAGACCAGGAAGUGCCCCGAGAACUUCAACGAGGCCAAGUUUAUUGGAUUCACCAUGUACACCACCUGUAUAAUUUGGCUGGCAUUUCUUCCAAUUUUCUAUGUUACAUCCAGUGACUACAGGGUUCAGACCACUACCAUGUGUAUCUCAGUCAGCCUGAGUGGUUUUGUGGUCCUGGGCUGUAUGUUUGCUCCCAAGGUCCAUAUUAUCAUGUUCCAGCCCCAAAAGAAUGUGACCAGCCACAGGCUUAACCUCAAUCGCUUUAGUGUCAGUGGGGCUGCCACCACAUACGCAUCUCACGCUUCUGUCAGUGCCCACCACGUCCCAACCGUGUGCAAUGGGAGAGAAAUUGUCGACUCCACUACUUCCUCUCUGUGACCACAUCUAGUUCAGUCUCUAAAUCUGCCCCUGCGACUGUUAGCCAAUCCAUGAACAUUUAUCACCCCUGAACCAUCGUUCCCCACCUCAUCCACACACUGUAUACACUCACACACACACACAUAUACAUGUGUACACAUACAUACAAAUACACGCACAAACAAACAACUUUCCUUGUGGACUAGAACUAUAUUGUUUCACAAAUGUAGAAAGUGUGUAACUAUAAUUAAAUUAUUUUCUAGGGAUGUACAUACAUGGAAUCGACAUUGUUGUAAGUAGAGAAACAAAAGAACAAAAAAAGUUUUUAGGAGGAAUUUUUGGAGCCUUUGUUUUUGAUAGCUUUGUUAUGAUGCGGUGUAAAUAGACAUGCGCUUAAUCAUGGUAGGAGGGUGUGUGUCCCUCAGUCUGGAUGCACAUUUGUGGCUCUGCUUGCCUCACCUGCAAUAUCCCACAGACUUUUUAUUCUCAUGCUUUUUUGUAGGUCUCAUUGUAAUAACCAAUUAUGUAUGCAUUUCUAUUGUGUAUCUGUACAUUUGUAUAUUAUACUACUGAUGGUUCAAACAGCACAAUGUUGACAGUCUUGUAACCCUAAAAUAAAGGGGGACAAAAGGAUAAACUGGAUAGUAUAAGAUGGCUGAAACAGACAUGUACAAAAAUCCAUCAAACUCAUCGAACUUACAGUUACACUGUGCCAGCACAUAAUUUUCAGUUUGAGAAUUCAUCUAUUCACAUCUUGAUAGAUUUUCUUUGCAUCCUAGAUCCAUAGAAAGAACCCAUUGUGGCUGUUUUUGCAGGAAAAAUAUGUUUUGUUUUUGAUACAAAUGUUCAUUUUUCUAUUUCUAUUCAUGGAAUCCCUUUAUCUUAAUGGCCAUAGUUCCAGCCAUGUGUUCACCAAAGCAACAGUAUGUUCACUCUUACUCUCGAAACUGCUGUUUCUUAGAAGACUGUUGUAAUGGAUUGCUAAUAAUAACUAAUAGUGGGGCUCAAAAUUGCCAAUACAGACAGUGCUGCGAUAGCUCUGUCAACAAAAACAAAUUAGUGUCUUUCCCGGUUUUUAUGACUUAGUACUCUAAUGACUUAAACACUAAUGGAGGAAAACUGUCUGCUUUGCUGAACACAUGCUGAAUUUUUCCAACUACAAGGGAGUGUUAGCUUAUGUUUUUUGUGCCCCAUAGAUACAGUAUGUGGUGAUGUUUUGAAUAUGGCUAUGUGCCUUAAUGUAUGUUUGAUAGUGCUCCAGGUAGAGGUUGUAAGAGAUCAGUUUUACAUUACCAGCUGCAAAUCCUUGUUUGGUAAAUGUAAAAGUGACCAUAGUAUUAGAGUUCAUGUUUCAGGGCAACAUUAUGCUAGUUGGUUUUAUUCCCUUCCAAGCCUUGUGCCAUUGAUUGUUUACCUGAAGUGUUGGAACAGUGAAUCUGAGGAAUCCUUAGGUUAAAAUGACUUUCUCUACCCCCCUUCUUUCUCCAGCCUGUGAUUAAAAAAACAUGAAAUGGGCAUUUCUGAUAGACACCCAUCACAUUUUACUUUACAGUUUUUACAGCUUAGCGGCUCCAAUCAAAGAAGGAAGGGGAAGAGAAGCUCUUAUACUAUUAGGAUGAAGUCAUUGACUCGUCGACUUAUUGAAGUGUGCAGUUUACAUGUCUGUGUUAAAUGUGUUGACGUUGAGAGGGCACAGUGGAGCAGCUGGCUUCGGCAGUCCCAGAGAGGCUCACAAGAGGAAGCAGAGCACACAAUGUCAGCUGCUGGCAGAUCCCAAAUAACAAAAGGAUAUUAACUCAUAUGCAUAACAUACAUACCCAUCAAACUCUCUUUGUGGUUGGAAAUAUGACAGACUCUCUGCUACAGUUAUGAGGUGGGGGAAUAAAUGACAAAAAAUAUAUGAAUAAAGUUUUUAUAAGAAAUUCUAAAUUAGCGGACUAAUUUAGCAUUACAGUGUAUAACAUUUUAAAGAGUGGCCUGUCAUCCAAGAAUUUAUUGCAUUUAGAGGGGUAGUAAAUUAUUAAACAAAACUGAUCUUAAAUGGUUAAAAACUCUAAUAUGCUUUCUAAAAUAAAGUGUGACUGUUAUGACUUUAUAUUUCUGACAAAAUACGUGAUCCGAUUCAUUUAUUUGCAUCCAAGCAUGCAGUUUCUUCAGGUUAAAAUUCACAUAAUAGGUGGAGGCAGAGCUGUUGAACGUUCAUCUCUUGACCAGUCUACACCUUUGCACGGCCGAUCUCCAACAUCACCCUGUGAUUAUCAAACUGAAUGAUAGAUUGAAAAAAUUUUAGAGGAUGCGCCAAGACAAGCCGACCUACAUUGGGGUGUGUGUGUGUUAGGUGCAGAGAGCAGGAGGAAAGAGCAAUGUGGCAGAGCAGAGGGGAGCUGCUGCUGGAUUAUGUAAAGCACUCCCACAGCCCAGAAGUCACAGCGCUUCUAUGGAAGCUCAAAAGCAUCUCAGAGAUUCACAGUCUUUGUUAGCAGAAGGCUUAGCCAUUCACUCAGUGGUCCUGCUCCCACAAGAUACACCCCGCAUGGCAGGUUGCUAUGGACAACCACCACCACAUCCGCUGCCGGAAUGUCUUAUUUGUCUGCAUGGAGAGGAGGGUGGGAGGAGGGGUGAGGAGAGGGCAAAAGAAGAGGAAUGGAAAGAGGAAAAACGGGGUGCUGGUUGUGAUUCAAAUUGGCAGUGACUGAUGAGAUUUGGCACAGCAAGGCCCAGUACUCUACUCCGAGCUUUUAAUGGCCACACAAACAGAGCACUUAACCCUGAUUCUCCUCUCAUUUAGUCCGGGGACUAGUCUCUGACAACAGUCUCACACUCUUCCUCUGACCCUCUCUCUCUUAAUCCACCUCACCCCUCAAACCUUUUCCCUGGCCACCAGUGUACGCCUCAUCUCUGCUCUAUGUGUGAAAGUUGCUGCUGAGUCGGUCUCAGCCAAGACCACCUAAGCCAGACCAACAGAUUGGUAGCCCACACUUAAACUGAAGCACUCAGAUCUGGGCGACCACCGCAGCAAAUGCCAACGAGGCAGCCUUGAGGAGGCUGAAAAAGGGAUAAGGGGAAGGCAGAUAAAGGAGCUGGAGAGCUUAUGGGAAAAUGAAAAUGGGACUCAGAUGUAAAGAAAAUGCAUCACUUUGAAAUACAUCACCUUUAUCACAACACUACACUCAGUUUAUCAUCUCAUGUACCCACUAACUCUCUGUGGCUUCCUUAAUUGGCUUUACUCGUGAAUAUCUCUUUCAAACAGCAAGCCAUCCACUACGGAUAUUGUUCCUCUACUCGGCCUCUGCCAACUGCCAUGUGCUCUACAAAGGUCUCUGUGCUGUAGUCCCUGCUAUACAACAAAAUGUGUCCUUGGCCUCCAGACUUUGAAACAAGACAGGAUCUCUGCGGCGAAAUGAAGCUGAGGUCAUGCUGAACUUUGGAACUGGUCAAUCGCAAAAAACCAAUAGUUCCAUGUUUAUGAUACGUGCAAUAAAGAGGCUGUGAUGACAUCAUA